UCUAGUUUCUAAGGACAUCUUGCUUUCCAGACACAACCCGAUGCGCGCGUUGGCACUGAAAAUAUCUCCAUUCAGAAGCGCAUCUGUUUCACGCCACGUCUCGGAAGGACGGGCAGACGAUCAUACCCUCCAGUACAACGCCACACAUAAAGUGGCCUGUUCGAGCACUCACUCACAGCAUCAACUGACGGACGUAUGGACCGCAAGUGGAUCCGGAUGUAUCUGCCAAUUCUAUACUCGGAAUGGAGCGAGCGAAAUGAGCUUUUGCAUUUGAAUAGCAAUUCUCGUUCCAGAAUCUAGCCGCGGAGUGGAGUGUGCUUACUUAGAACGAAGGCUCCAACUUCUGAGACACCAACCAUCUCAUGAAGGCUUGACGAGCAUGUCGAGUGAAGCUGAGAGACCCUUGGAGCAUUGAUGUUUGGACAUGCAAUAUUCUCGGAACAUAAACUGCUCUGACCUCUGCACAUGCACGGGGUCCAGGACCCUCGAGUACGUACAUACGAGCGAAAGACGAAUCGCUACUUUUCUUCUUUUGGAGAUGCGAUCCCUGUCUGCUCGAGUUGCAAAAGUGGAGGAGCGAAUUAUCAUGCCUGGUCUAUCGAUUGGGACCUGCGAAGACCACCAAAAAGACUCGAGGCUUCUGAACGGGAAGGACUCGAGGUCUACGCAGGGCCUAGGAGGAGGAAGAGAACUUCAUACCCAAAGGGCGUCAUGAAGCACCGGCUUCGCUCAUCUGCUGCUGGCCCAAGGUUGUAUCUGACGCAUCCAUCAUACUUACGAUGAGAGGAGCGGUUGUACAAGCUCCGAAACAAGCAAGGCAUCAUCAACAAGCCAGGCUCUCUGAGCAUCAUAGCUCUCAAGCCUUGCCUGGAGACUGUAGAGGAAUGUUUCGGGUCCAAGGUCAGGGAAAGAAAGACGAAAAGACUAAGUCAGCUGUUGUUGCUGCAAGUGGCUCGGUGGCCCCAGGAUCAUGGCCUCGAGAGUCCUGAUCCAGCGCCAGGCAUGCAAAACCAGGAUUCAUGGUGGCUAAAUUUGCAAUUCUCGGACCGGACUUGGGUCGGGGGGGGGGCUUGGACUUCCCAUCUAACGGACGGGCUCCUUCCGCCAUCGUACAGUCCUCACGUCUCGAGGGCCUGGGUCCGGGACAUAAUGCAGACAAUGCACAAUGAAAGCUUGCAAAAUUGCCCCCGGGGCUGAAGGAGGGAGAUGCAGACCGAGUGACUGGCCGCAGGAUGAGAAAGAGCACAACAAUGUUCGAUGAUCGCUAGCUCUCUCUCUCUCUCUCGCAGCCUGAGGGGCGGUCGAGAGUUCUCUUGGUCACAUUGCAUCGUUACGACUUUAGCACAUGAUUACGAGGAUGGGACUUUUCGAGAAGAUCGUCAUCUAUCGAUGUCACGGAGUACCAGACUUUUUGUUGGCUCGUAACGACUGCUGUAGAUUCGCGGACUGGCCUCGAGGUCUAUGUAGGACGUACGACGGUGAAUAAACUGGAGAAAAGAUGCAGCAACAAGUUUGAGUGCUGCACGGACGCACGACGACCAAUUCAGACCACGGAUCAAGGUUUUGGAACAUGUGCGGCUUAAUGGGGAAUCUGACAAGCGAGCUCCUGGUGUUGCCUGCCGACAACGCAGUAUUGUCUUGCGCAUCAUCAUCCCAAUACUUCUACUUCCUGAUUGAGCCUUGUACAUCGAUUAGAGCAUCUAGGUCACCUUGCGUCAAGCGAGAGCUCCAUCUCCAUCUCCAGCUUCAAGUCGGAACAGCAAACUCUAGCGCCUGCUGAAUUACUGAAUGAAUGAAUGGAGGGAUCGAGGGAUCGAGGGAUCGAUGGCCAAUGUUAUUCACGUGGCGUCCUUGCAAGAGUCUUGUGUGGGCCAUCUUUUGGCGCAUGCAAUGGAAUUGUUAUUGUUUUUGGGGUAAUUAUGUCCUCGCCGUUGGCUUGGCGGAGAAAGAAAGAGGUGCACUGCAGAACAACAACGCUCUAGCUAUGGCAGCCCGUCCUCGUCGUCGUCGGUCUGGUCGUCCGGUCUGGGCUGCUCGGCAUCGCAAUCAACGUGACUCGCUCGCUGCCUCGGUCGCAUGUCGGAUCGGAUCCCUCGUUCCGAACGCGAAUCGCGCACGAAAUGGCCCCGAAUUUCAAGCGGAAUGCCCUCUCGCUUUGUUUGUUUGUUCGCUGCUGCCCGGCCUCACUGAAAUUCGUCGGAUCGAAAGAGGGCGCAUUUCGAGAAAGCCGUGCUUUCGCAAAUUCGCAGCAGGUCCGUUUUCAUGCCAGGCAUGGAUCGAGGAAGAAAGUCGUUCGUUCGUGCGGACCCUCGAAAAGAAAGAAAAAUCGUUCCUCGAAUCCAAUCACUGCGGUCGAAUAAUAAUGCACGUCCGUCCGAGAGCCUCGAGGCAGCAGCCUUCGUCGUCGACGACAGUACACAGCUCGCGGCCAUAUCUGCAGAUGCCCUCAACGACGACUUGCGAAACCUCGCUGCUCGACGACUGCAAGUCCGCCAUGAACCUUGAAGGGGAGCCUGCCGGGGACGCAGUCGCCGCGACACUCGAUCGAUCGACGACGACGGGGCAGGCCUGGAGCGAGGGAGGGCAAGAAUCCGGGCGCUGACAAGGUGGUACUGGGGGGAGAUGAUCAAAGGGUAGUUCCAUUGUACCGGAGUCAGGAAAGGACUAUUACAGCGCUUCUGGAGCAAUGGCCAGAAAGGUGGAAGGGAGAGGGGGGAGAGGGGGGUGGGGGGCCUAAGAUAUUAUGCAUGCCAUGCACACAUCGAGAGCUCGGGGCUCCGGGCUUGCGAAAUUACGAGGGGGCGGGAGGGGGAGGAGGGGCGGGCACUCACUUAGUGCCGCAGAGCGUCGAAUCUUAGCGUAACGUCACACCUACGCCGCCCGUACCGCUCGCUGCGAUCUAGCAAAGGGGGAGGGAGGGAGGGAGGGGGGCCAGGAGCAGAUCCUCGCAGCGCGCGAUGGCUCGACGAUGAUGGUG